AUGGAUGUGUAUAAUGCAUUUCUACAAGGUGACUUAGUUGAGGAAGUCUAUAUGGUGCUUCCUGAUGGUUUUUGCAGCCAAAUGGAGUCUAAGGUUUGUACGCUGCAUAAAUCACUUUAUGGACUGAAGCAAGCUUCUAGGCAAUGGAAUUUGAAACUAUCAGAAGCAUUAGUUACAGCUGGGGGAGCUAAACCAACUUUGACACCUCUUGAGCAGAAUAAGAAGUUUACUACAGCUGAGUAUGAUGAAGCAGUUUGUAGCAAUGAACAAUUGUUGCAAGACAAAUCUGUUUUUCAGAGGCUUAUAGGUAGACUAGUAUAUCUGACUCACACAAGGCCAAAUAUUGUCUAUGCUGUUCAUUUUCUUAGUCAAUUGAUUGCAUAUUGUGACUCUGACUGGGCUGCUUGCCCUAUGACUAGAAGGUCAAUAACUGGUUUCUGCAUCAAGCUUGGAAUGUCUCUAAUUUCUUGGAAGUCCAAGAAGCAAAACACUGUUGCACGCUCCUCUGCAGAAGCAGAAUAUAGGAGUAUGGCAGGGACGGCAGCAGAAAUAGUAUGGCUAAAAGUGUCUAUGGCAAUGUAA